AACUUUGGACUUACUGUUUUGCUUUGAGGUGGAAAGUAGUGUUUUCGCUAAAUUAUGUUAUUUCUCUUUUGAUCUUACCUCUUCUUCAAAUUGUAUGGGAAGAAAUUUACCAAAACGUCCCAAAAAUUGUUUAUAAAUUGUAUGACAUGCAUGCUAUCGAGCUCGGAAGAUAAUUUAUCUGGAACCUACUACUUCCAAUGUGACAAAAUUUAGCUACAUGGCCGCGACUGGGUUGAGCGUGAAUUUAGAACCAGGUAUGAUCAUGCAGAGAAUAUUAUUUAUUUAUUUAAAAUUCAUGUUUUUCUUUGGUUCUUAUCAUGUUUAUUUUGGUAACGUGGCGCGGUUAUGGGAGAAAAACAAGGGUAUUUACGAGUGAAUCUUCGUGAUUUUUGUUCUGCACGACUGUCUCUCUCAUAUUGACUUUCUGAGAUAAAAUAUCUUAUUUUGUUUUUCAGCAAAAGGGACGAGCUCUUAUAAAGUAGCAAUGGUUAAUGCACCAGCCAAGCCAAAGAGCAAACCUGCACCUUUAGAUGUAAGUGAAAAUGGUCGAUUGCAAAUGCGGAAAGUGAGCGUGUGGACUCCAAAAUUCCAGGAAUAUCUUUCCGGGUUCAGGAGUAAUCUUAUAUCGAUCAAAUCAUGUAAUAUCGCUUCAAACAUUAAAGGGUCAGAAAUUGCAGUCUGGCGGAAUAACAUACUGACACAGAUUUGUUUGGUGAACAAUACCGUGUUAAAUGUUUUUGGCUGUACAUUUUGUACUAGCUUGUGUGUGCUUGAUUUACAAAAAUUAAGGUCAGUGUUUUGGUCACUUGAAAGCGAGCAAUUCCUAGAUGAGUUCAGUAUAGGUCAAUCCUCGCAAAGUAUGUUUAUGUAAUUUUCUUUUUUUUUUUAAUCUCAGCUGAGGUAUUUUUGCUAUUUAUCACUAAUACCCUUGGUGGAAAGUGAAAUUUUAUUCAUUUAUUCCUCCUUUCAAAUGAAAUUGUGCCAAAACUGCAAGAUCAAAGUUUGCAACACUUUGAAGUUCUGGAACAAAGUGUAAUUAAUUUACUGUGGGCAACUUGGCCUAUAAUAUGUCCUGGAUUUGUAAUAAAACAGGAAAUGCCAAAAAUAGAUUUCGACAGCAAAAAAACUGUAUUUCCUUUUUUUUGUUGUUGUUGUUGUUUUUAAUAGGAACUCCCAAUGCAAAAAGGAUUUGCAAAAAACCAUUUAAAAACUGUUCUCAUGAACAAUGGUCUGUCAUGUACAUUUUGAUUGGCAGAAAAAUGGGAACGUUGUUCAAUGUCUUAAUUGAAAUUCACCUUUAGGACAGAUUUCUCAAUGUUAAAAAUUAGUUUUUGGAUUUCACAAUGUAUUGCAAAAUUUAAGAUCUUAAUUUUUAAAAUCUAAUCCAGAUUUCCCAAAUUAAAAGCAGCCAUGGUGCCUCGACUUGAGAAAGUGAAAUUGGUUUUGUGUAGAGGUGUUUGCAAAUUGUCACAAAUCUUGUGUUAUUAUUUGUUGGUUCAAUUUUGUGCUGAUCUUAAAUCGUGUAAAAUAUCAAAUCCCAUGAUAAAUUAAUCUCCAAGUUGAUUUGUAAUGCAUUUCCCAGAGAUGCAAAUGUAGCAAUUGGUCAUCAGACAAUGUCCAUUUAAAAUUUGCUUUAUGUCUGACAAAUCCUACUACUUAUGGUCAGACAUGAUGAAUGGAGAAUUCAGAAUAAUACAAAGGACUGUGAUUUUGAAGCAAGACAAUUUUGCAUGGUAGGAUUCAUACUAAAUUGAUGUAGAGUGGGGGGGUUAUGGUGAUUUUAGUUUUUCCCAUGCAAUUCUUGGAAGCCGCCCCCCUGUUAUUUGGUGUUUUUUUUUCCUGGCUCCCCUUGUUCCAUAUCCCACAAGUUCUAAGGCAAAAUACAUGACCCCCAUCCUCCACCUCUAUCCCUACUUAAAAACCCCAGAGACCAAAACAAGGCAUUUUACUCAUAAAAUUUAACCACAAUAUGACAACUGUUUAGACUGAUAAGCACCGUCCAGCUUCCCCACCAAUAGGAUUAUAAGCUAUAUAGACUAUCUGUAAUCUGAGUGCUUGUAUCAAUCCUAAUGAAGCUAAAGAACUAUACCUCUUAUACAGAGAGGGUACCAUACCAUCGCGUGUGAGUUUUUCUUUGAGGUAUCGAUGAUACUCUUGCUUGAAUGCCUAGCACUGAUGCUGCUGCUCACUUUUCUGACUAUGUUGAAUGGUCUACACCUGAGCUUGAAGUUUACAAUAGAACUUGCUGCUGAUAAUAAGAUCCCUUUCACUGUAAUUGAGAUAAUUAAGAAUGGAAUAGAACUUGAAACCCGUGUUUACAGAAAGCCGAUCAACACUGGUCUGCUCUUGCAUUUUCAAAGCCAUGUAGAAAAACAUUACAGAACCCAUUUCUUAAAGACCAUGUUACAUCGGGCUUAUGCCCUGUCAUCUAGGACAGAAGCCUUUAAUGAGGAAUGUGCCAAGUUAUGCCCUAUCUUCUGCCUACUUGAUUAUCCAAUUGGCCUCAUAAAUUCCACCAUUAACAUCUUUGUUCAAAAUAUUACAACUAAGCCAGAAAUGAAAACCGAAUAGUUUUCUUGCAAUUUUUUAUAGCUAAAUUAUUAGUUAAAAAGUAUCAAUCAUUGUGUUAUUAUUAAUUAUAAUAUGCUGUUAAUGACACUUGGCUGUUAUUGUUUUGUUGUCAGAUGCCUCGAACACAGUCCUUUACAUCAGCAGAUAAGGAGAAGAAUCCUUCAACACCACGAGCCAAGAUAGGCCAUCGUCGAGUCGAUGAAACUGGAGAAACAACUUACAAAAAGGUAAGUUAACUUAGGCAGCAUAUUGUGGUAUGAAGCAUACAGGGACAAGAAAAAAUAAGUUUGAGGCCUGUCCCCCUUUUUUUAGGGUCUUGAUGAACAGGCAUCCCAUUGAUGAUCCAAAUAGACUGCCACUGUUAACAUUAAUCAGAGUUUUAAUCAGUAACACCUGGUACCUUAUCAUAGGAAAUUAACACUUCAUGGAAUUAACGUGGAUUUCAAAAAUUCAUGAGUAUUAAAGUUGCGUUAAUUUUUGUGAACAUUAAUUUCCACGCCGUUAAUUAAUGGAGUGUUAAUUUCCUCUACCUUAAUUUCCAUUAUUUCAGUCCAAAAUUCUUUAUACACUUUUGACAUUCUUGAUGUGUUCCUAAGGAAUAGGAGUAUUUUAUCAAGGUGGAGAUCCACCAGUAACAAUGGAACUGUGAAGAACCCUCAAAGUGGUCAAAUUUCUUUGGUUGACCCCCUUCAUGCGCUCAGGGAAAGUACCACAAAAAAGUUUCCAUUUUGGAUCAUACGUUUAUCUCUGUUCCUUUUAUCUCAACAAGUUUUGUUUCUUUGUGACUGUUGCAUUAAAGGGCAUCCCUUCAUUAUGAAAUGUUACCCUUUUUUUUGCAUUAAUUUCCUUUACUUGAAAGUCACGUGCCAUUAAUUCACAUUGAUUUAAGUCAUGUUAAUUCCAAUGCCUUUUGUUUCAUGGAGCGUUAAUUUCCUAUAAUAAGGUAAGUUAAUUAGAAUCUCACUACAGAUUUGUCCAAUUUCAUUUAAUACUUAAGUAUGAUAAUGUUUUUAGUGUUUAUUACUGGUCAGCAUAAUAUGGUGAUAUAUUGUAUUCACAAUAUUUUUGUUUGUUUGUUUGUUUUAUUUUAGACUCCUUCAUCAGCUCUUAUGUCAGCUAUUCAACUAGGGAUUGGAUAUACAGUGAGUUCCUCUGCAUGAGCCAAAAAUAGCUUUUUAGGUUUACAGACUGUAAUUAUGAGUACUUGACUGGCACAUAAACACAUGUGCUGGCUGUAGAGUGUUUCAGAAAUUCAAAUAUGAGUUCAUUCUACACCCAAGGUGUACUAUCUUUAUAUUUUUUAUUGGUAAAUCGUGAACAAGAAGUCUCUAACACUUGUUAGUGAGUGCCCUGUAUUGUUAAGAAGAACAGUGGUAGCAUCAGAAAAAAAGAUAAUAUGUUUGAUGUCUAACCAACAACAUAGUUUAUUGAAAAUGCUAUGCGUAACUCAAAGGCAAGGUUAUACAAUUAUAGGUUAAUUCAUAAAAUCAAUGGUUGCUGUGGGAGCCAAAACCAGUUAUGAAAAGGCACACAUUAUAGGUACUAUGCUUUUGGUCAACAGUUAUGCAUUGCAUACAGAUAUUUCCAGCCAAACAAAUUUGCAGACCUGUUGCUAUUGAAUUGGUGAUUUUGUCACCCUAUAAACAUCCCCAGCCCUAGGUAGUUUUUAUUAGGUUUAAUUUUAGUCAGGUAAAUGGAAAGGGAUUUUAUGCACUGUGAAAAACUUUUCUUUGUUGUUUUAUAUUGAAGGUUGGAAGGUUAUCAGCCAAACCUGACCGUGAUGUUUUGAUGCAGGAUUUUGCUGAAGUUGAAACUGUCUCAUUUCCAAGGUGAUUGUGUAUUUUGUAGUCUUGUUUUUCAAGUACAAUGUAACUGUUUAUACUGUAGCUGUGAUUUAUGUAGCAAUCAACUCUUCUUAACCCAUACACCCUUGAACUGCGCGGUAACCGUCCAAUGUAUGCGGAUCCAUGAGCACUUCUUCCACUUGUGAUGUCAUCAGUUUUAGCAUUCAAGGACAAUUUUUUCAGCUAACUUGUGCAGGGUGAAGAGAUCUUUCAAACCAUACUAGAAUGAGCACAAUUUAGUCACAAAGCCUAAUGAAAUUAAGGCAAAACCUUGUAACCUUGACCCAAAAAUUUCCAUGAAAAUCUUAUUCCACUACCCAUGUCCUACCUUUCCUUUCAUCUUAUCCUAAGAUCCUUAAAGUUUUCCCCAAAACUUUUACUGUCACCAAAAUGUCCAGUAAAAGAAAAAAUAAGAGGCAAGAAAAGCAAAAGAAGAGGAGAGGAGAGAAAGCAAAAAGAAGAAGUUAAGACUGUACAAAAUUUUGCUUUCUGCACGUACCCGAACUUUGGAAGCUAAUAUUUUGCAUUGGGAUCAAAAGGCCACCAAGUGUACGACCUGUAAACGACUUUGUGGUAAGUUUUAGCUCUUUAUAGCUAGGCAGUGGCCAGAAAACGGCUCAACUAGCUUUACAUUUAAAACACCUUUUUUGGCGAAAUUUUCAGGGGGGUGAAUAGCUGUAUCUGAUCCUCACAGUGUAUAUACACAUUUUUGAACUUUUCUUUUACAGUGAGGGAACAAGAGAAACACCAUCUCAUCGCUUUAGUGAUUUCAAGUUUAAAACGUACUCCCCAGUUGCAUUUAGGUGAGUCUCAUGUCCUCUUAAAUCACUUGCCAUGUGCUUACACAAUAAUUAUUUAUUGAUGUCAUAUUUAGGUAAAAUAUUAUAUGGUAUAUAUUCUUCUAUCAGACUAGUCAGAUUUAGUGUAAUAUGAUAUUGUGUAUAAGAAAAUAUUGUUAUUUACUUUCAUUUGUUGAUGGUGUUUUUUAUGGGGGUAGAAUGUACAGUGUAACUUGCUAGUUGUUGUAUAUAUUGACAUGUAGUAACACAUAACUUUCUUCCGGGCUUGUUGCAGAGUUGAUGAUAACAACAUUAAUGUUGAUUUUUGUUUUUACUUACAUGUCAGGACAGUGUUACGACUAUACACUGUAUUUUUGCAAUUUUUGUUUACUUCUUUGUGUACUUUAUAGGUAUUUUCGUGAUUUAUUUGGAAUGAAUCCUGCAGAAUUUAUGGUACGUACAAGCAAGCACCUUAAAACACAUUUUAGUAUGCAGUUUAAAAAUACAUGUGUCUCGUCCAGUUUUUCUUGAGUAGUAAAUAGUUAAUGACUGUUUAACUAUUGUUGGAAGCAAAAUGAAAAGCACAGGCCAACCAUUAGGGGCACCAACAGCUGUCCCAACACUGCUUGAGGUACAUCUACACUGUACAUGUACUAGAUGAUGUUUAGAACUAUUGUCUGCAGUUAUUAAUUUUAUAAGGAAGUCUACAGUUAUUUUGUAACUGUAAUGUUUAUUGUUGCAGUACGCGGUCAAAACAUCGCAAUCAAUAUCUAAGUGACAAUUGUGAAACAAACAAUAGACAAAACACUUAACCUUUAUAAUUAUUUUGGUUCAAAAUGAAAUUUACCUGAAAAUGGUACAUUGUAGAUUAGUUUGAUCCUCAGUUUUCUAAUCGAGAGUGAUCAAUUAGAUCAAUAAUUAAAGUUAUUGUCUCUUAACAAAGAAAAUUAAGAAUCAAACUAUAAAAUACACUUUAAUUCUUGAAACCACUUUUAACCUGAAUUUUAUUUUGAACUUAAGAUAGUUACUUGUAGUUUGUAAAUACUUGUUAAUAUAUAGUGGUGACGUGACUUAAUUUCUGCGGAAACCUAUUAAAUUAAUACCGUCAACUCUCUCUAUUAAGUCAGACACCUUUUGGACUGGCAUUAUGUGUCUGUCUUAAAGAGAGUCAACUAAAAGGAGUAAACGAAGGCAGAGACCAAUCAUAGGUGUCCAGGUUAUAAAAGUGUCCAGGGUUUGCAAAUUUUAUUGAUGAGUGGAGUCACUGUGACUUCUGCUUCACAAAUUUUGGAGUCAUUUUGGAAUAUUUGGCGUCAAGUAUCACAACGAAAAAAGCCAUUUUCAGACUUUCCAGCACGUGGUCAUGGCGUGUAUACACUAUCGUGAGGGAUACACAAAGUAGCUGUGGCGGUCCGCUGACCUGGAAAGCUAAAAUCCAUGAUGGCGGUCAUCGAGUAAACUUUGAUCGUAAUUUACCCUCUUCCUGUUUUGUCGUGCAGUAUAAUUCUUUAAUUUUGAUGAUUUAUUUAAGGUUUACAACAUUUACAAUUAACGUAAAUUGUAUUUGUUGCGAAAAAGAUAAGGACAAAACUGUGUUUGUUACCGAAAAUUUCUGGAGUUGAAGUGGCUCCCUGUUUGUUACCGAAAAUUUCUGGAGUCGAAGUGACUCCCUCCGUAACCUCAGUGGAGUCAUCUGAACAAUUUUGGCGUAAAAUACGCCAAAUUUGGCAUAUUUGCGAACCCUGAAAGUGUCUGAUCUGCAGAGAGAGUUAGCCUGUUCAGACCCUAUAUUUUCUCUUCAAAGUCCAUCAAGCAUGCAUGACAUAAUAUAAACCGCAGGGGAUUUAUUGAGCGCCAGCGCAAGGGGAUUAUUAGUGGUGGGGGAAGAAGAUGAUUGUUCAGUAUUUUCCAUUCUGUCUUUCCAGAUGGCUCUCUGUAAUGAAUCACUUGUAGAACUUGCCAACUCUGGAGCAAGUGGCUCAUUAUUUUAUGUAACAAAUGAUGAUGAGUUUAUCGUAAAAACUGUACAACACAAGGAAGCAGAAUUUCUUCAGAAGCUUCUUCCAGGAUAUUAUUUAGUAAGUGUUGUCCAUUUUAUUAUCUUAAUUCUUCAAAGCCUUUCUGAUGUGUAUAAAUUAUUUAGACAUGCCAUGUAUUAGAUAUGUACUGUGUUUAGCAAGUCUAUACUUAUUUGCAUCUAGUCCCUUGAGGUCAGGGACAGGGAAGGGGUAGGGAAUGGGGGGUAAUACUGUAAGUGUAUGUAUGUGCUGCCAAAGGGGGUUCUAAUUUUAGGAAUUCCAUCUAGAAUGGGAUGUCAGUAUGCAUUACUUUUCCUAGAACAGGGUUUGAUACCAGUAUUUUAUUUCAAACCCACUAAAGCAUUAGAGCAAGAGGGCCACUGUACAUCACUAAGAAUUAGCCUAUUUCUAGAAUGGGGUAUUAUUUGGAGUGCACUUUAAUUCUGAAACAUGGUCCAACUUUGGAGACCUGGGUGAAACAUACGAACCCAAAACUUACCCGUGUACCACCCUGUAGCUUUGUGGGGUUAAAACAAGGGGACAUUCCAGCUGAUAAAAUAUCUAUAGACUGCAAGGAAAUUCAUAACUAGGUGGAAUAUUAUUAUCCAGUGAUUUAAGUUCUGAAUAGGACUGCGAGUUGUAGCAAGUGACUGGCAUUUUGGCAACCUUUGUGGUAGCCAUGAGCCUCUGUAUGGAUAUUUCAGAGCGGAACUGAAGUCACAACCAUCACUAUUGAUGAAGCGAUGAUCUUAGAGAUUAAAGCGACUAUCGCAUUGCUAUUUGAAUCAAGUUUGACAAUGUUAACUGUACAAUGAUGGCAAAGAAACCAGUCAAAAAGUGUGCUGCAUGUUCAGAGUUUUUGUUUUGCUUAUUUUAUAGUUGUGCUGAGCUUGGUAGUAGCAUUACCAUGUAAGAAAAUGUUUGAUAUGUAACAAUUUGCGUGCAAAACAGACAAUUUGAUGAGAAACAUGCAGCAAAAUGGAUGUUGGCAGUCACCCAUGCAGAGGCCCACUCAUCUUCAGAUACUGCACUGUGAUUACAGCACAGGUUGUGGAAACGUCAGUAACUGUCAAUGACAGUCCUAUUCAGGACUGUACUAACCUGGAUGAACAUAUUCCCCCUGUAAUGACUCCUGGGUUCAAACCAUUCACUGUUUUACCGAGGAAUUUUGUCAUCUGAAAAAAAUAUAUGUUGUGCUGUUUUCAACCUUUUUCAUUUUACUUGUGGUUGUGCCAUAGUUUGUCUCAUGUGACAGAAUCAGGUGUGAAUUUGUUGCAAAAGUUUUUAAGUUUAUAAUUUACUAUUUUCUUUUUGCAGAAUUUAAACCAAAACAAAAGAACACUGUUACCAAAGUUCUUUGGCUUGUACUGUUAUCAGGUAAUGGAUUUUUUUAAUUUGAUAAUUGUUUACAUGCAAAAACAUUCAUGUUAUUGUAGAGGUACAUGUAAACCCCUUUAGUGCCAUUAUAGAUCUUCUCAACUUAAACAUGUUCAACUUGAAUUUUGAUGUAUAGUGUAAAAAUGAUGAUAAGAUUUGUUUUCUUUUUCUUUUUCAACAGUGUGGAGGGAAGAACAUAAGAUUAGUGAUAAUGAAUAAUCUUCUACCAACAGAUUACAAAAUUCAUUUCAAAUAUGAUCUGAAGGUACUUGAUUUUUCAAUAUUGUACUCUUUUGUACUUGUCUUGUGAUUACACUAGAUAAGAAAUCCCACUAGGAUAGCCUUCCCAUCUUUGACAAGUUCUCUGUGGCUGUGUGCAAAUGGGACUAGAUAAGUUGUGGAAACUUACUUAAAACUCUUUCAAACAUUAUCGGUCUUUUUAUCUGCCUGGGUCAGUGACAUUUUUGAGUCAAUGAUCUCAAUCAUGUCACAUUAAAAGCAGAAACCCAACAAAUCCAUUUCAAGAAUAAUUUGUAUGUUCUAAUUUUUACCAUGGUACUGUACUUGUGUUAAUGAUUUGAGUUGUUGUGGUUCAGGCUUUUUAGGGGAACUUGUUGUAUUAUUUCCCAGUGCCAUUACAUUUACAUUAGUCAUUUUAUUCAUAUUAUGUCCGUUUUUGUAACAGUAUAUGUACAAUGGAAGUCAGUCUGGAUCUGCUCCUUGUUAACUUAUCUUGAACAGAAUAAAUUGGUUUCUGGAGUAUCAAAAAUUAAUGCAUAAUGGCAAUGUUACUAAUGGUGCACUAAUUGAUCAUAUUCUGGAAUAAGAAUAGACAAAAGUUUUGUUAAAAAUCCUUUGUGCGAUAAUCUUUGGACCCUCUAAAUGCUACAAACAGUGCAAUAUUUAAUUUUAAUCAGAUUUGCAAUGCAACGAACACAAAAUAAUGAUUUCUAGGGUUUAUGCCAUUUAUUUGUGAUAGUGUUCCGGAAUACAGUCAAUUGAACAUGCCCUAAAUUGUCAAAUAAACUUUCUUUGUUAACAGGGUUCCACGUACAAAAGAAAAGCAUCCAAGGCUGAACGUGCCAAGGAAACACCUACACUAAAAGACUUGGAUUUCUUAAAUGAUCACCCAGAGGUACAUGUACAUGUAACUGUAACAUGCAGGCAUUUGUAAUAUUUCAAUAGGGAGCCUUCAUUUCUAAGCUUGAAAAAACCUGCCUUGCGUAGAAGUAAUAUUCUUCUUUUAUGCAAAAUUUAUUUGUUGUAGAAAAGCUGUUGAAGGUGAUGAAAAUCGUGUUGAUGACAAUGUUAAUGUUGGGUCUCAGUGGUAAAUAAUAUUAUACAUGACAUUGUAUUCAAACGUUAUCUUAUUAAUUUUAACCUCUCUGAGGCAUAUAAGUUUUUUACCUCAAGAGUAACAAUAUUUUAGUGUUCACUCAAGUCUUUUUACCUAGGAGAGGUAAAGAAAACAAACUGUUACCUUGUUAUCUUUCUUUUUAGGGACUUUUCCUUGAACCUGACACAUAUAAUGCUGUAUUGAAGACAAUACAAAGAGAUUGCAGGGUAUUUUAAGUGCAUUUUUGCUUACGUAUUCCUAUCUGUGUCCACUUCACUGUAGUUUUAGUAAGAACUGGUACAUCUACUUUUAUUGUUAUCAAACUACAGUUCUUCCUUUUCCCCCCCCCCCCCCCCCCCCCCCCCCGGAAAAAAAAAAAAUAAGAAUCAGGUCUUUAAAUCUUCAAAAGGUGGAAAAUGUCAUCCACUAGAUCUCUAUUAUUGGUUUCCUUUUUUUUGUUUUAGGGGCUAUUCCGGUACAUGACCACAGAAAUAUCUGUGUUGAAGAAAAUACAAAGAGAUUGGUGGGUUUUUUAGAUGCUUUUUUGCUAACAUUUUCCCCUCUUUGGCCCCUACAUCUUAGUUUUAAUAAAAAUUGGGGCCUUUACCUUUUUUGUUUUCAAACCCCAGAUCUUACUUUUCCCCCCCCCCCCCCCCCCCCCUCCCCAGAGAAAAAAAAAAAUAAGAAUCAGGUCUUUAAAUCUUCAAAAGGUGGAAAAUGUCAUCCACUAGAUCUCUAUUAUUGGUUUCCUGUAAUACUUAUUUGAUGGAUAUCCAGGGGAUAGCGCUAUCUAACGUUUGAACAAUUGGGACCAACUGUAUUGUAUUGCGGUCUGAUUAAUGCUUAAGAAUGUUUUACAUGUAUAUGCAUUCGGCUUAUGUUGGCUUUGUUAAGAAUUGUUUUUGUUGUCUAAGAGGAAUAGGCCAUAACAGUACAAUCAAAACUUCUGCUGAAUGGAUACCUCGUCAUAUUGGCAACUUUUACCACAUUUACCUCGUUUCCCAAGUGGGCGUUGUAAAGACGUUGUAUCAUGUCUGCCUUUUCUAUUCCCAAACUUUCAAGAAAUUUGCCUGGGUCUGUUGCUUGUGUUUUCCAGGUACUGCAAAGUUUUAAAAUCAUGGAUUAUAGCCUUCUUUUGGCAAUUCACAAAAUAGAUGAGCCCGGACGCCCACGAGUUAAACGGUCAAUGAGUGAACCAUCAACUGAUAUGCCAAUGAAGCCUGACUCUCCAUCAGGUCUCUUAUCCCCCGGCCCUGAUGAUACACCAUCCAAUGGACAGCAGCAGCAGCAGCAGCAGCAGCAGGAAACUACAGCAAGUAGUCCAGGUUAGAUUCAUUCUGCACACAACUCUGCAAUUCUGCGCAGACCUGCACAGUAUGGUGAUGAGUACAAAAGUGACUCAUUUCCUGUGACAGUUCCCACUUUUUAGAAACAAGAAAGGAGCUGGAUCUGAAAUGCAUCCUGCAUAUUUCUGGGAUUGUUACUGGGGACGUGCCUGUCAGCAAGGCAGCGUGGCUGAGUGGUUAGAGCGCUGGACUUACAAUUCGAAGGCCCCAAGUUCAACUCCCGCUCUGACCACUAGCUGGAUUUGUUCAUGGUAGUCCCGAGUUCAAAUCCUCGCCCACGCUUUUCAUUAGCUUCGAUUUGUUUUAUUGUUGAGUCACUCAGACAAGCGUCUCUUCAGUCACAAGUUAACAAUUUUAAUUAACUAAUAAAUAUAUUAUUUGUUUAUCUAUUUAUUUAUUAUGUAGAGGGUGUUCGACGACCGCUGGCACGUGCGAGGAGUUUGAAAGGAAGAGAAGGCUUUAGUUCAGCUUGGGAAGCGAUCACUGUAGAAGACGACGAAACAGAAGAGAGGCCGUAAGUAAAGACGAUCGAGCUUAAUUUAUUACCUAAAAUAUAUAACCCUCUGAAAUAAAAGCCCACAGUACAGUAAACAUUGAUGUCUCGAGUCUCGAUGUUUUUUUUCAGGGUUGGAGGUAUUCCUGCUCGGAACGCAAAAGGCGAAAAACUUCUUUUGUUUCUCGGAAUUAUAGAUGUAUUACAAAGUUACAGGUAAGAAGAGUGUUCGUUAGUAUUCGUAAGUUGCAGCUAAUAUUGUAGUAGUAUAGGGUGCGCUGAAUUCUCCUUAGCUAUAUGACUUAAUUGCUGUAAUGCUGGAUAAAUCGGAGCGCCCGCACUACUUGACUUGACCUGACUUGUUAAUUUCGUUAACAGAAUAGUAAAGAAACUAGAACAUGGUUGGAAAUCUCUGGUCCAUGACGGGGUAAGAAAUUUGAAUUUUAGUCGAGUCUAAUUUGUAUGUCCUUAUUUUGUUAAUUAUGGGGGGGCGUGGGAGGGGAGGGGAUCAAACUGAAUGUGUUAUGGGGGAUUCGAAAAUAGUUAGUAGCUACUGGCCACAUUAGUGAAAUCGCUCUAUUUGCAUCGUUAUUUAAUCGUAAUCUUUUUUUUCCUUUUUGCAGGACACAGUUUCCGUCCACAGACCGUCCUUUUACUGCACUAGAUUCCAAGACUUUAUGUCUUCCGUGUUCAAGAAACUGCCAGGUUUGCAUUUCUCCCAGAACUUGAAACUUUUCAUUUAGGGUCCUAUAAAGCACAUGAAACCCCUCUUAUAUUCUACCUACCCAUAGAAAACUCCUGUAAUCUCAGAAUUGUGUUGGAAAAAUGUUGCAAAAGUUUUAGUUGAAGUUUAGAGACUGUUUAUUGUUUUCCUUGGAAAUUAAUCAACCAGCUGCAAACGUUUAUAAAUAGCGGUAAAAUAUUCGAGCUCUGGCUUCUAGAAUUGUAUCAGUAUAAGAUUUUUAGAAACUGCUGACUAACUCCCUCCCCCGAACCUAGUUGAAGUUGGUGUUAACGUUUGGUUGGGAAGCGGGGGAGGGGUAAGUGGGUAUACCAAAAGUUUAAAAAGACACUGACCAUUGCCCACUCCACAGAACAAUAUGUAACCAACGAUAGUUGCCAACACCAAUAACACCACAAAGAAAGUCCCGUUCUUUUUUGAUUACUGAUCCUCUUGUUUUCAGCCAAAGCUUCCCCUCGGAAGCGAAACGUCGGCGCAACUGCGUUGAACCGUGUUCGAUCCAUGACUGAGCAAGACCGCGCUCAACGGGAAAGAACGCUUACUAGUGACAGUGUGACAUCCGACAAGGGGAAAGCACGAUCGUUCACAGAAGCCGACAAAAACCAUGAAAAAACAGCUUUCAAGAGACCUUCACAGGACAAACGGAGGCCUUCUGAAGAUACCAACCUCGAGAAAAAAGUGGUUGUUGUUGGUAAGUGUAACGGAGCUUCAUGCACACCAUUGUAUUGAAAUUUUUUGUGUUAACAUAAACCCCUUUAUAAAAUCCCCCCAAAAAGCAAGCCAAGCAAAGCAAAGAAGUAGUUUCCUGCAGUAAAAAUUUCAUAGAGAUUCCUUUUUUUGCCUCGCGAUCUCAAAAUUGGAUUAUGGCGUUUUUAUCAUUUUGUGCCAUCGUAACGUGUAUAUAACUUUGUUGGACAUUCCAUGUAAGGUUCAGACAUCAACAUCGUCAACAACUGACAACAACUACAACAGCAAUAUUUUGGCGCUCUAAUACACAAUUUGCAAUCGUCUUAAAGAUUACUAUUCCUUGUCUAUAGUAUUUGAAGCAAGGUUAUACGGGCAAUUGCAUGUUGCUAUUUGUUUUUUACUAAUCCUUGACCCAUUAUCGUAAAAAUCAGGUUUCUGUUCUUUAAAGAUUUUAACUGAACCAGGCCUACACACGAUCCGGCACUCCUCACUGGUUGCAGUCGUAAUGGUUUUUACCUUUAUUAAAUUCUUACCCAUGUAAUCAGUUUGUUUUCGUGGGUGAAUAUGUCUCAUCAUAUAAUCACUGUAUUAUCUAAAUUUAUAGUCAAUAAAACUUUUUACUAUUAUUCUUCAAUCAGAUCCAAAAGAUACUUCUGUGGCAGCGGGGGAAUCGAAUUCGUCUGAAUCGUCACCUCAAACAGUCAAACAGGAGACUGUAAGUAAUAUUCCUCAAACAAACGAUCACGUGACCGAUACCGCUGAACAGCCAGCACCGACGGCGCCUAGUGAAAAUCACGAACUUUCAAAUGAAGCGACCCAAGAUACAACAGGGGAAGAUAAAACAGAGGAUGUGAAUUCGGAAAUUUUAUCCACAGGAAAAAUUUCUGUUGACAUUGUAGUGAACGAUGAUACAUCGAAUCUUAAAAAUGAUGAAUUAUGAGGUUGUCCUACAACUUAGCUUUCCCCUUAAAAAAGAGAAAAAAUGCUCAUUUAAUUCACUGGAAUUCUGUUUAAAUGGAUAUAAUUACAAAUAUGGCAACGAUGUAUAUUUUUGAAGAUCAGAAUACUAGUUAGUAUAUUUUACCAUAGAGCUAGAAAUAAAUGAUGUGCUAUGUAAUGGGGAAAAAAGUAAUAAACACGAGGCCUGACAGUAGAAUUGUACAUUUUUGUUAAAUGGUCAGGUUUUUCGGUGAGGUAGCCUGUAGUGGUAAUUAAUGCAGAAGCAAGAGAUAAAAUUAAGGAUGCUGGGUGCUCUAUACAAAGUUAUGGCAGAUUAUUGUGCUGUGGAUAUUUGACCUGACUAUUACACAGACAUACUACAGGACUGCGUUUCACAGACUUAAAAGCUGUGAACAACAUUAUCCAGGUCCUGGUUGUUCAAACGUUGGAUAGCGCUAUCCACCGGAUAAAUCACUAUCCAGCGGAUAAGUCUUAGGGAAACCAAUUGCGUUAUCCACUAGAUAGAAUUUUAUCCGGUGGAUAGAGCUAUCCAACGUUUGAGCAACCGCGGCCAGGAAGCUAAAGAAGGUGACAGAAAAAUACAACAAUCACUAUUUUUCAUGCCUGCCUGUGACUUUCCCUCCAAAAGUCUCGCGGUAGCUUUGAUUAAUGGACAACUCUGGAAGUAGGUGUAACACUAUCUGAAUUCAAUGUGGACAUUAAAAAUUAAAAAACGUGAUGAGGUUUUUGAUGAGGUGGAAAUUUCAUCUGGGAGUUGAGUUAGUUUAAACUAGCUACCAGGGCUACACAAAAUCAAACCACUGAAGGUUUGAUUUUGUGGCCUCCCUUCAAUCAACAAUGUCAGUUCCGAUAGUUUUGACUCUAAGAGGUUACCUGGAGACAUCAGAGGCAUUCGACAAUAACGUGUUAAACAAACCUGAAUAAAACAGAAGACAGCUUUGAUAGUGAGAAUGUGAAAAGUUUAGUGAUGUAACAUUAGAGUGAAGAAUGAUCACUCUCAUCUACAACCACCGUUCAAAAAUGAAUUAUUCCAUGUACUUCACAUCGAUGUAACAUUAACUGAGUAACAUUAACUGAGGUGUUAAUAUAAGCUAUAGGUAAGAGGAAAAAAAACCUUUAACAUUCAGUGCGUACACUUUUACAACUUAAAGCGUCUUUUUUUGGUACAUAUAUUUUUUUCAUUAACUUUGCUGAUGACACAAAUACAGAGAUGUAGUAGGUGA